GAUGCGGAGAGACUUGACUUUACUACAACAAUUGUCAUUCUGCCAAUUCCUUUGAAGCAAAAGCUUUCCCAUUUCUCUUGGCCAUACACUGAGGUGUCUAAUGGCCUCCAGCUCAGGGCUGUCCAUGUGAGAAGUGAAUCUGAGAAGAGAAGGGCAGACACUUAAAGAGAGAUAAGAGUUUCCCACAGAGCAUGGCCUCUGCCAAAGAAGAUCUUGUGUAUGAAAGAACGGUGGACAUUAAAGAAGAGGACUGUGAGCGGCUCACACCAGAGGAAGUGUGUAUGAAGCUGGAGGAUCACGAAGAAAUAAUUUCAGUUUUUAAAGAGGAGGAGGAGUACAAGGGGGUGACUGCUGCCAUUAAAGCUGAGGAUUUGAAUGAUUUCUCUGUUGGUCUUGAACUUCAAAAGCAUGAAACUGAAGAUAUUUUCAAGAAAGAUGCCUGUGAAGAAUCUCCAUCCAGUUUAAAGCCCUGGUCCACUAAUACGGGACGACUGGCUACGCAGGAGAAUUCUGCAGAGCUGAAAACAGAGUUAUCAGAGUCUGAAGAGAAAAUCACCGAGGGAAAUGAGAGAGAAGGAGAAGAGUCACCUGGGAGUGUUGGAAUAAAUUUACAGAAGAAUGGAAGCUUCUCUCCACCUUCAUUUGGUCAGCACUCUCUUCAAUACAAUGAGAAGGGUAUGAAGAAAUCAGCAAGAGGAUCAGAGAACUUGACAGCAGCCUUUUUACAGUGCAGUUCUUACCCUGCUACUGGAGUAACACAGACAGAAACCAUCAAAACUGAUCGACAACAAGUGGAGAAAGAAAUCCAAAUUCAUACUGGAAAAAAAUGUUGUUUGGAAAGUGGCAAACAAUUCACACACAAAAGUGAUCUAAAUGAGCAUAUGAAGAUUCACAAUGGAGAAAAUACAUAUUGUUGUCAUGAAUGUGGUAUGUCGUUCUCAAGAAAAAGCAGUCUUCAGAGGCACAGAAGAAUCCACACAGGAGAAAAACCUCAUUGUUGUCCAGAAUGUGGUGAGUCGUUCUCAUGUAUAAGUGAUCUUCAAAACCACAGAAGAAGCCACACAGGAGAAAAGCCUCACUAUGAAGUAGCGGCCCUGAAGCACCACAAGCUGGUUGAUCCUGAUAGAAAUCUGAAGGAGGAACUCUGUGUGAAACAUCAGAAAAGUCUGGAGAUGUUUUGUAAAACUGAUGAGAUGUGUGUCUGCAGGAUGUGUGUAAUGGCUGAACAUGACGGUUAUGAAAAGGUCGAGCUGAAGAUGGAAAGAGAAGGAAAACAGAAACAGCUGGGGGCAACACAGAGUGAAAUUAGGAGGAGACUUGAAGAGAAAGAGAAGAAACUGAGGGAGACGAGGAAGACAGCAGAGGAGAUGAAGCUUUCUGUGGAAAGAGUGAUGGGGAAACAUGAGAAGAGCUUCACUGAUCUGAUUCACUGCAUUGAGGAAACCUACAAGAACCUGACUGAGAAGAUCAGAGAACAGGAAAAGAGAGAAAUUGAGAAGGCUAAAACAGUCAUGGAGCAACUGGAGAAGGAGAUUGAGGAGCUGAAGAGGAGAGAAGCUGAGCUGAAGGAGCUUUCAGAGACCAAGGACCAUCUCCACUUCCUGCAGAGUUUCUCAUCUCGCUGUGUCCUUCCUGCUGAUGGAGACUCGCUCAGCUUCACCGUCACAGCUAACUUUUCUUCUGAGGACCUGCUAAAGGAGCUGUCAUGUCUGAAAAAGAGUCUGAAGAAGAUCAGCCAGUGGGACAUCCUGACAUGGACUCCACCAGGUCGUGAAGCUCCAAUCUUCACCUUACGGCAUCCUGAACCUCAGAACAGAGAGGAGUUUUUACAAUACUUCUGUCCCCUCACACUGGACAUCAACACAGCACACAGACAUCUCCAUCUGUCUGAAGGGAACAAGAAGGUGACAUGUGAGGGGACAAAAGCGGAAUAUCCUGAUCAUCCUGACAGAUUUGACCACUGUGUCCAAGUUCUGUGCAGAGAGGCUCUGACUGGGACUCGUUGUUACUGGGAAGUGGAGUGCAGUGGACGCUUCAUGAAGAUUGGCGUCGCAUAUAAAGGACUGGACAGGAAAGGAGGCGUCUGGGAGUGCGGCCUUGGAUACAACGACAAGUCCUGGAGUUUGGUGUGGUCUCUUUCCCAAUACUCUGUGCGUCACAAUAAGAAGAGGACUGUAAUCGGCGCCCCCUUCAGCCCCAGAAUAGGUGUGUAUCUGGACUGGCCUGCUGGCUCUCUGUCAUUUUAUAGCGUCUCACACACAAUGACCCUCCUGCACAGGUUCAACACCUCUUUCACUGAGCCCCUCUAUCCAGGUCCGCUGAAAAGUGCUGAAUGUGGCCCUUGUGGCGAAAAAUUUGGAGACCCCUGUAGGCCUACUAAACGGCAGCUCAAACAGCACUUAACAGUAAAUAGUCUAACAACUCAAUAUAAGACAAUGAAACGAAGAGGCCGCGCCGCCGACCAUGAAGGCUCACGCUGUCCGCUGUGUGUUUGGAAGGCGCUGAUUGGCUGA